AUGUCGACCUCGCCGCAACCAACACAGUCCGCUAAGCGUCCGCUCGAAGAGACCUCAUCUCCGUCUGUGGCAGACCAACCCGAGGCCAAGCGACCGGCCCUCGACAAGGUUAUCAAGGAUCAGCAGGAGAUUGCCGAGCCAAUCGCUGCGAGCAAUGGCAAUGACUCUACUGUUCCGGCCGCAGCCCCGGAAGCGAACGGCGCUGCAAAGCCCAACGGGGAGAAGUCGGACGUUAAGGACGCGCAAGGCGAUACGGUCGUCCCUGAUGCGCCUGAAACCAAACCUAUCACCAGCACAGCCAGUGGAAGUACCUCCCAAGAGCAAUCGAACCCUCCCCAAGCGGCCCACGACGAGACCGCGUGGAUCCACGUACGCGCCGUGAUCUCGAGUCCCGAGGCCGCGACCAUAAUCGGCAAAGGGGGCGAAAACGUAUCCAAGAUCAGGCAGAUGUCCGGUGCCAAGUGCACCGUUAGUGACUACCAAAAGGGCGCCGUGGAACGCAUCCUCACUGUGAGCGGCAUCGUCGAUGCUGUUGCAAAGGCUUUUGGUCUGAUCAUCCGGACGCUCAACAACGAGCCCCUGACCGAGCCGUCGAGCCAGCAUUCCAAGACAUAUCCCCUUCGGUUGCUGAUCCCUCACAUAUUGAUUGGCUCCAUCAUCGGCAAGGGCGGCGCUCGGAUCAAGGAGAUCCAGGAAGCGUCUGGCGCACGCCUGAAUGCGUCCGACUCCUGCCUCCCGUUGUCUACCGAGCGUUCGUUGGUAGUGAUGGGCGUGGCUGAUGCUGUUCACAUUGCAACUUACUACGUCGGCAGCACACUGCUCCAGCAGCUCAACGAGCGUUUCGGAGGGGCCGCAGCCUCUGCCUAUGCGACCCGGAGCGGCGGCCCAGCUGGUGCCGUCCCGGGCGGAAUGCAGGUGAUCCCCUACAACCCUCAGCCUGCCUCCGGUAACUACGGCAAUCGCGACCACUACCACCGCGGUCGUCCAGAUCCCCGAGCACACCCAAUGCCGCCGCAGUCGUAUGUGCCGCAGUACGGCCACCCCCAUGCCACUCACCCGACUGCUGCCGUUCCGAUGCCGUACGGCGCACAUGCUGCUGCCGGCUACCCAGCGGGCCCGCACGUAGGGCCGCACCCUGCCGGCCCAGCCGGACCACAUGCUCAUCCUGCCCCCCACGGAGCGCCCCUUCCGGGCGGCGCAGCCAUUCCCGGAGCUCCGCUUACCCAGCAGAUCUACAUUCCCAACGACAUGGUCGGCGCCAUCAUCGGGAAGGGCGGCCAGAAGAUCAACGAGAUCCGGCAGAUCAGUGGCAGCGUGAUUAAGAUUAAUGAACCACAGGACAACAGCAACGAGCGUCUCGUUACGAUCACUGGCACGGAGGAAUGCAACAGGAUGGCGCUCUACAUGCUCUACUCUCGGCUCGGUAAGCUCCGGGAGCAGCACAGCCACCAGUCUCAAUCCCAACAGCACUAA